CCGAACGUUAUAAAAUUAUUAGUUGGUAUUGUCAAAGAUGAAGAUUUAAUUUCAGAGCCUUGUUUUAGUCUUUUAACUAAAGGGGAAGAUACUGCCACUCAAGUUUUUCUUGUACCUGGCAUCGACGGAUGUGGAACCGUAUUUAAUCAUUUGGCAUCAAGUAUGAAUUAUUCGACGACGAUUUUACAUUAUAGCACAAACGAUAUCGACGCCAUAAACGUUAUAUCAGAUACGGUAGAUCGUCUCGCAAAACAUAUAUUACCGAAAUUGAGAGGUGGAAGAGAUUUUGUAAUAGUUGGAUAUUCUUUUGGAUCUAUUAUUGCGUUUGAACUAACGAGAAAAUUGGAGGCUAUGAAUUUGAAGGGUCGAUUGGUUCUCAUUGAUGGCACUCCCGAACUAAUGCAAACAAUGUACAGAGAUUUUAUAUCAAACUCAAACGAAGUAGAUCUUCAAACUGUUGUUUUGUCUAAUAUUUUGGAAAUUUAUACGGAAAGAAUUAGCGACGAGAUUUUAAUGGAAUUGAAAAGUUGUAAAAAUUGGGAAGAGAGAUAUAAUGCUUUCGCGAAACAAUUCUUAGGAAUGAAUACUUCGCUUUCUCCUACAAAUUUAAGAAUAUUGUGUACAUCGGUUUAUAAAUAUUCAGCUGCCAUUCGACAAUAUGAUCCUUCCACCUUGCCUCGUAUUAAAUCUUCUAUAAUAUUAUUAAAAGCUACAAUGUCGCAUACAACAAUCGAAGGGGAUUAUGGUUUGCAUAAAAUAACUGAAGGUGUUGUUGAAAUACAUUAUAUCGAGGGGAGCCACCUGACGAUUUUAAGAAAUGAGAAAGUACCGGCUGCAAUUAAUGGAGAGCUGCACAUUUAACAUUUUAAUUCAUGUAUAAUUUAACAGAACAUAAUUUAAGAGAACAUUUUUUUAUACAUCUGCUGUGAUAACAAGAAUAAGAGCAGCAAUACAGUAAUAAUGUGUUAGUCUAAUUGUAUGUAAAAAUUCCAAAUACAAUCAAUGUUUUAUUAUAAGGCUGAAAAAAUAUUUAUUAUCUAUACAACAAAUCCAAAAUCAAAGCAUAAAGCAUUUUUAUCAUGUCCUGUGCUUUGAUCUUAGAUUUUUCUGGAUAAUAAAUAUUUUUUCACUUUUAUAAUGUGUACACAUCCUAUGUACUUUGUAAUUUUACAGUUAUAUUAUAUAAUAUUAAUUUUAGUGUUACUGUUAUUGUUGUUAUCACAGCCGAUUUAUAAACAGAAAGUUUUUUUCUUAAAGAUACGUUUAAUAAAAAAGUGUUAUUAUUUUCAUACUUUUGGAUUUGUAAGGAGUAACUCGAUAAGAUUUGUGAAUCUUUGAGUGUCUAUAGAGGUUAAACGAAUUAUUUUCGAAGAUUGUGACAAUUAUGAAUAUUAACUUUUUGACCAAUAUAAACAUUGACCAAUAUAAUAAACGUGUUACAAUUAUGCUGCUUUUUAGAA